AUGGUCCUGUUCUCCAUGUCUCUUGACAAUUUGACCACCAAGAUCGGCGAGACAUUGAGCGUGUACCUGGGCUCGGGCAUCCGUAUGCCCAGCAUGUCAGGUUCUGAUCGGCCCCUGGAAGUCCAGGCGCUUCGACACUUUGUCGGCUGCACUGUGGAAACCAUAUCGACCGUGUCAAUCCGUGAGCUUAUGCGAACGAAGGUGGUCCAGGUAGCGUUCGCCGCUGCAGAAGCCGAUCACUGGUUAAAAGCGAUCAAAAGCUAUCGAGAAGCGCUUUCCCACGAAGUUAGUGCCGCAAACAUAGAUGCUCUUUUGACUUCAUGCAUGCUCAUGGCAGUUAACUGCAUGUGCCCUGAAAACUUCACCCCAAAGGAUUCGUGGGUCCUGACUUCUGAUCCAUCAGCCAUGAACUGGAUAUACCUCCAAAACGGCCUACCUUAUCUUCUGGAGGUCGGUGGCCCCUUUAUUCCUCAAAGUAUCUGGGGUCCUGCUUUUGUAGCUGCAGAGGAAGCUCACGACGAGUUACUGAACCAUUGUCCUCAGGGAAGGGAAGGCAUGAACCCAAAAUUGGCGGAUUUCUGUGGAAUAACAGAUUCGACCACAGCCGAGACCAGCCCUUACUUUAAGCCACUACAAGUUGUAAGCACGAUGCUGGAGAUGGAAAAAAGUCCUUCAACGGCUGGUUAUUUUUCGUCCUUCCUCGGCCAUUUGGACCCUCGAUUCCUCGAACUGCUGAGGGUCAGAGAUACAAGAGCGCUCAUCGUCAUGGCCCAUUGGAUGGGUAUCAUGUGCCUGAUAUCACACUGGGAGCCCUGGGUAGAGGGAAGGAUCAGGUCCGAAUGCAUUGCCAUAUGCAUCUAUCUUACUCCCAGUGCAGAUGCCCGACUUCUAGAACUGCUUAGGUUUCCAUCUAUUGCCUCAGGGUUUAUAGAUAGUGAAUAA